GGCAGAUCGGUAAUCAAUGUCGGUACGGGAGAGAAAAAUAAUUCGAACAAUGUGGCAAUGAACGAGGAUCAUUCAAAAAUUAAUAAUCGUUAUCUGCUUCUCAUGAAUAAUUAUAGAAAAGAAAUAUUUCUGUCUUUGCUGAUAAUUGUUAGAGUAGCUUUUUCAGCAAUAGAAAGAUCAAUUCCAGUUAUUUCUCCAGCACCAUACUCAGGGCCAUUGUUCUCCAUAAAUUCAAAUGUACAAGACUGGUAUGGGGGUCAAUUGGAAGGAGCGUUUUAUAGUAUUGGACAUUAUGAAUAUUCGUUUUUCAUGUACUAUGCUCCAUGGGAUGCUAGAAGUCAAUAUGCUGCAAAGGUAGUUAAUGAAGUGGCUGAUAUUUUUAAAGAUCGGAUAAACUUUUUGGCCAUAAAUUGUUGGGCACCAGGUGGUGAAUGUAGAGAUAAGCAUACAACAAAGGUGCAGUCUUGGCCAAUUUUUUUAUUAGUUAAUUGUUAUGGUGGUAGUAUACAAUACAGAGGUCCAAUAAGCAAAUCGCAUAUGACCAGAUUUUUAAACACUGCAAUUAACCCUCUGCACAGGAUUACUAAGCCAGAUGAUAUUGUUGAUUUAUUAGCACGUUAUGAUGCUGUUAUUGUUGGGUAUGUUGACUUUAAAUAUUUUCCAACAAGUUAUGAUAUUUUAUAUAAGACUGCAUUGAAAUGGAUAGAUCAUGAACCUUAUAAUGAAAUCGGAUUUGCAGUGGUUACAGGUCAUUCUCGAGAUAGUUUUGGUGUAAAUAGUCUUCCCUCAUAUAGAAUUUAUUUGUGGAACGAAACAUUGAUCUAUGAAUCUGAUAAAGUGCCUAAUACAAAUAAUCUUUUCACAUGGAUAUCAUCAAAUCUUCAUCAAGUAUCAAUGUGGAUAAAUUUUCCUGGCGUUAAGUCAAGUACUCUUAGUCCAUAUUUAAUGGAAGGAUCUGCAUUAUUGUUAUUUACUCCAAGAAAUGCAUUUAGAGAGUUUAAUGAUGCUUAUGACAUGCUGAAGCAUAUUGGUCUGGAAUAUUAUAAUUGUAAUAAUGACCCUUGGGUUGCUCAGUUAUCAAAAUAUAUUCAAUUAACGAGAGCAAAGAAUCAAGAGAGGUACUAUGAAAAAGUAAAAUUCUGUGAAGAAUUGCUUGCAAAAUCAAAUAAUCAGAUGCGAAAAAAUGUAGUAGAAAACAUAGAAGUUUCCAUCACUGUUAGCAAAUGGUUCAAUACAUCUAAAGAUCCAAAUAACAAUGUAUGUUCAGUAUUGGAUAAACAUUGUUUUAUUGAAAAAUACGAAAAUGAGAAACAUGGCGAGCAUAUUUAUGAUAGAUGCAAUAAAAAUGAUGCUGAGAAAAAAAUUAUCAAUAAUUUUAGCAAGGUAGAUGAUUAUUAUAGUGCGGAAAACUUGCACAAAAUUAAAGAAACAAAUGAGUGUCUGCUGUUACUGGAAGCUGAUUUGCAGAGUAAACCCGUUUUCUUUGAGACAAAUUAUAAUAAAGAUGCUCCAAAUAUAUCUGGGCUUGCUUGUCAGAACAAUAGAAGUUUAUCCUUGCUGGCAUUGGAUUCAGAAAUGUACCAUUAUAUUGCUGAGAAAAUUGGAGUACAACUCCUGGACUUGGAGAAUAAAACUGUUGUUCUUAUAAUUGAUAAUGAGAUGGAAUAUCAAAGCAUCUUAAAAGAAAAGGUCACCCCAUCAAGUGUUAAGAAAUUUAUUUGGGAACAUAGUAAUAAAGUUGAGAAUCGAUCAUUCCGAGACAAUUCAAAGACUAGUCAGUAUACUCAUAAAUAUAGUACUGAGAAAAAUGUAUACCAAAGUAUGAAGCAAUAUGAUAGAAAUUUGGGAAUAGUAUCUGUUGCUGAACUGAGCUCCGAUACAUUCAUUCCCCAAGUGAUGAAUCAGAAUAAGACAGUAGUGGUGUUAUACUACAGCCCAUUUUGUGGAUUUUGCCAGUAUGCAUGGCAUAUUUUUUUAUAUGUAAGUCAUUUACUGAAAUCGAUUACUAAGAUAUCGUUUGUGAGAAUUGAUAUGGAUUACAAUGAUGUACCAUGGCAACUCACCAUGGAUGAUUUACCGACGAUCACAAUAUUUCCGGAAAGUAAAUCAGAAAGUUUGACAUUUCCCCAUUCUUUGGAUAUAACUGCUUCAAAUGUUUUAAGCUUUAUAUUGUCUAAUCUAAACAAUGUUGUAAGACUGGAGGUUAUGAUAAAAGUUUGUAUUGGGACAUAUAAGAUGUCCGAUCAGCAUAUGACUUGUUGGUUUGAGCUUCAAAGAGAAAUUCUACGGCUAAUUGAAAUCACAUUAAAACAAUGGAGAAUAAGCAAUAAUCAUUAUAAAUCUGUAUUAGUAAGGCGACUUCAGCUACUUAAAACUUUAUCAUUUCUAACAAACCCUGGUGAAAAAUCUCCAUCUAAAAUUAAAGAAAUUACAAAUUUAAUAAACCAGAUAAGUUUAAACUCAAGAUUUCAAAAAUUUAAGAAGGGUUUAAGAUUAUAUUCCAAUCUACUGGCAGUGGGAUGUGAUUAUGGCAAUUUAGAUUAUAAAUAUGCCUAA